AUGCAUCUCGUCUCAACGAAGAUCCCCCCCCAUACAUUUGGCGAGGACUACCUGGAAGACCUCACUCGGGCUGAGGUCAUUUUCAAUCCCCAUGACCGUGAGGAAGCGUGGAAUAAAGUCUGUCCUAAAAUUCGACAGCUAAAUGAAGACGAAUAUUAUGAUUGGAGCCGCAACAUAUAUUGGCGUGCCAUCUACCGCCAGUUUGAAGGUCGGAUCACCUUCGAAGCUGCUCUCGAGCAUCUGCAGCAGUGCGGCUUUGACUUCCGCAUUGCCUUGGACACGAUCGACCAGAAGCUGCACAAUGUGCCUCAAGAAACGAGAUUAAUUCCAGCAGGCCGAGUGAAAACAAUUGCAGCGUUGAUGGUUAAGCCCGAAGUCACCAGGAGAGCAGUGCAGGCCAGCGCGAUGCGGAAUUGGCAUCUACCGGAGAUCCAAAUGUUUUGGGAGCAGUUCAUUCGAUUCUACUCCCGACAAGCAACCUUCGGAGUCGGAUGCAACUGCAACGAUCCGGUUUACAUGGAUGUUGCCUUCGAACCACGAGUCGGCUGCCUCGUGUGCACUCGGUAUCGUCGCCUUCAUGCGGACCCAAGCAAAAAAUGCUUGAUUUGCCUCACAUAUGAGAAGAUUUUCGAACACGAGAAAAAAAUCCAAUUCCCUCCAUCGCUUUUCAUCUUCUUCCAUCAGCCGUUGCUCCAUCUCCUCUCUGGUCCAACUUCGGUUGUCUCUUGCUUCUUUCUCAGUCCACUUAUUCAAAAAAUCGUUCUCGGCAUCCGAAAAGAUGACUUUUUUGGCCGGCCUCUCGUGUUCGAAAAUCUUCUCAUAUGUGAGGCAAAUCAAGCAUUUUUUGCUUGGGUCCGCAUGAGGGCGACGAUGCCGAGUGCACACGAGGCAGCCGACUCGUGGUUCGAAGGCAACAUCCAUGUAAACCGGAUCGUUGCAGUUGCAUCCGACUCCGAAGGUUGCUUGUCGGGAGUAGAAUCGAAUGAACUGCUCCCAAAACAUUUGGAUCUCCGGUAG